AUGGCAGAGACAAAGGCCAACCUCCAAGCCAACUGGAUCUGGGUCCCCAAGUGGAUUGAUUCCGCCGACAACACAGCGGGGAAGAUCGUCCACUUCACCCGCACCGUUGAUCUUGCAUCGCAACCAACGCGAUCACUUCUACAUUUUUCCGCGGACACGCGAUACAAAUUAUACGUCAAUGGACGACAGGUCGCAGUCGGACCCAGCAGAAGUAGUCCCUUGAUUUGGUACUACGAUACCCUGGACAUCGCGCCUUUUCUACAAGAAGGCGACAAUGAGAUCCGAUUCGUGGUUGUGCGGUACUUUGCCGCCUCGCGCAGUGCAAUGCCCUUUGAGAGAACUGCGUUGCCAGGAUUGACGGUUGUAGGUGAAAUCGAGGCCGGUGCCGAGACUGUCGAUAUCAGUACACUGGAUGGAUGGGCUGCAUGCGUUGAUGAGAGUAUUCGGUUUCCGAUGGGUUUGGCGGAUGAUGUAUUUCUCCAUAUCAGCGAGCGCAUUGUCCCGACAAAUCCUGGUCCUCGUUUGAAACCCGUUGCGUACAAGAUGAAGACUCUCAACGGGGACAUUCCACCGUGGCAUUUGCAGCCACGGGUCAUUCCAAUGCCUGAGUCGACCCCGGUUGCUGUGAACACCAUCCGAGCCUGCGAUGGUAGUGCUGAUGCAAGCGACUGGGUUGCGUUCUUAAGUGGAAAGGGGUCUUUGACACUUCCUGCAAAUUCAGUACACAAGGUCGACAUUCAGGCCGAUGUUCACUCGACUGCCUUUCUCCGAUGGGCUUUCAAGACAGUCCGGGGUGCUUCUCAGAUCAAAUUCAAGGUGACGUACUCGGAGGGCUAUGAGCUUGAGCCUCGCUCGUACCCGUUCUUCCGAUCCAAGGCCGACCGACUUGACGCAAGUGUUGGCCAUAUCAUAGGUCCGUAUGACGAAGUGACACUGGAAGUCUCAGAUCUCGAGGCCGUGGUCUAUGAGCCAUUCUGGUUUCGAACGUUCCGUCUCUUGCGCGUGGAAAUUGAGAUCGGACCUCAGCCGAUUGAACUACUCUCCUUCACUGCCACUCAAGUCAACUAUCCCAUGGCUAUAAAAGCCCGCUGGAUCCAACCUGGAGACGCAUAUAGCGGUCAGAUGUGGGAUGUUUCAAUUCGGACUAUGCGAAAUUGCAUGUUUGACGGAUAUUCUGACUGUCCUUUCUACGAGCAACUCCAGUACUCUGGAGAUAGUCGGUCUGUCGGGCUAUUCCACUACCUCCUCUCUGGCGACGAUCGCCUGAUGCGACAGGCCAUAACAAACUUUGCCGCCUCAGUUACACCUCUAGGACUCACGCAAUCUCGCUUCCCAUCGCACGUCCCUCAAGUCAUCGCUGGGUUCUCCCUCUACUGGAUUUUGCAGGUCUGCGACCACCACCUGUACUUCAACGAUACACGGUACGCACGGGGAUUUAUCCCUCGCAUCGACGGCGUCCUCGACUUCUUCGAUUCUCACAUCGACGAGCUAGGUCUCGUCAGCGGAUUGCCAGAGGUGGUAUGGCAAUACGUCGACUGGGUCACGACCUGGGGAGCAACAGACGACCACCCUGACAAGGGCGUACCAACAUCCGGUCGCAAAUCCAACAGACACACAUACUUCAGUCUGCUGUAUGGGUACGUCCUACAAAAAGCAGCUAGUCUAGUGCGGGACCUAGGUCGACCAGGCCACGCAUCCGAGUACGAAGAGCGAGCCGCCUCGGUCCUGCGAGCUGUUCGGACCCAUUGCUGGGAUGGGCAAUUUUUCACAGACUCCACUGCCGACAUUGCCGAUGAUCAGGCCUACUCUCAGCACUGUCAGGUAUUUGGUGUCCUGGCUGGAAUGUUGGACUCCCCGGAAGGUCAACGCGUGUUGACUACUUCGCUUACGGACCCCCGGUUCUCAAAAUGCUCGUAUAUGAUGCGCUUCUAUGCCUUCAGAGCACUUUCGUCUGUUGGGAAUGGGGUCUAUGAGUCAUUUUGGGAAAGCAUGUGGGCGCCCUGGCGUGGGAUGCUGGCGAAUAAUCUGUCCACCUGGGAGGAAGAUGAUGUGAGACAGCGCUCGGAUUGCCAUGCUUGGGGGAGUGUGCCGGUUUAUGAGUACUGCGUCGAAGUCGCUGGUCUUCAACCCUUGGUACCGGGAUGGACUAAAGUGUUGUUCAAGCCACGUCUGAGUCUGGCUGAGAGGUUAGAGGUGAGUGUGGCUUUGGGUAGUGAUAAUGUUGCCACAGUAUCGUGGAGUCCUGGCGAGGCGAAUCAGAAAUUCGUCAAGGUGCAAUUCGAGAGGCCUGUUGAGGUACUUGUCGAGUGUCCAAUUGGUGAGGAUGUGAGAAAUUAUGGCAUUGUGGACUGUGUUGAAUUUUCAGCUUAG